AUGCGCGCCAUAGUCCUCUCCAUUGCCAGUGCGGCUGCCGUAGCGGUCAAUCCGCAGUUUCAGCAUCCUCAUUCACUCGAACGCCGCCAGGGUCCUUGUCUAGGCGGCAGCUACGACUCAUGCGUAAGCUUUUGCUGCCAGUUUGGCUAUGAGUGUCCUUGCUCCGCCACCGGUAACUGCGAUGCUGACUGCUACUGUGGCGUCUUCUGCGACGACAACGGUGGCGGCGACGACCCUGGCGAUGACGACGGCCCAGGUGACGAAUGA